AUGUCGCUGUCGACGGAGGGACGACAUGGGAUCAUUGUAGGAGCAACUCCCCGGGCGGAAUCGGGGCGGCGUGAAUCUCCGCCAAGAACCCCCCCGGAGGACCCGCGGGCGUCCUGGCGAGAGUACUUUGCCAGUGACAAGGACCAGAGUACGGAAACUCGAGUACUCCAAGAAGAAGGGGAUCAUCUCUUGAAAUUGCUGGCCAAGAUUGCUCCGGGUGAUACUCGAGAGACCUGGACUUACGCAGACCUUGACAACGCUGUCAAGGAAGCCCGAGUGCAAUAUGAAUCGAAGAAUCGCCUUGGUCAUGGGAGGCCUCAAAAAGUAUUUCAUAGCCUGAUGCGCAAAUUUGACUCUCAUUCUGGACUCUGCAAAAUCAUACCAUCGGGCGACAAGUAUCUUUCCUUAGUCACAGGGGCUUUGACAAUCGUGGUCCAGUCAUCCGUCAAUCAUUCAAAAUCCAUUGAUGAGCUGAGUGAUGCUCUCGAUCAAAUCAGUGAGCUCAUUGGUUUCUGCGAGGUCGAGAGUAAACUCGUACAGAGCCAAUCAAUGCAGAACGCCAUUUCAAAGCUAUACAUUGCCACCUUUCUAUUCUUAGGAGAUGCUAUAACGUGGUACAACUCCUCGAGUCGCUCCAAGUUGUUGAAAAGCCUGCAUAAUGAUUUUUCCGAAACAUUCCGCAGUUCGAUCGAAAGAAUCAAGCAUUUGGCUGGUUCUGUUCGUCAUGUUGCUCAACUAGGGUCUGAAGCUGAAGUUCGCAUCAUCCGACUGGACCUCGAGGAUCUUCAAGAAGAACUUCAAGACACUAGAAUUGGCAUGCAAGGUCAGCUACGGUUUCUGGCCGAGGUCGUACGCUGGCAACACGGGGAAAACCUUGAACAGCACAGACAAACUCAAGCUCUCCUGGUAGAAACAAGACCGAUGCUUGCAGCAAAUGCAAACGAUAUGCCACAAGUCGACUUUGAUUUUGAUAAGCACCUCAAUCAGCGAGCAAGCUCUGAACAUUUACGAAUACAGGAAAUGGCCCACCACGACCCUGCGCCAGCAGCCCCGAAGCCUUCCGAGGCUCAGAUGAUGCAAGCGAGCGCACCUGAGCUUUUAGAGAUCCAAUUGAUAAAGGAUCUUGCAAGCAAGCUGUGGCUCACCAGAAAGACGGCCAAUUACCCCAUACUGCAAGCUGACGAGGCCUCUUCCACAAAUUUGCACGAUAGCCAGAUUUCUAGCAAGAUAAAUCGAUGGUUUGUGUCGUCGACGAAUGCAAUGCUAUACCUUGAAGGUUCCACAAGUCUAUCUACCAAAGAAAUUCCUAGAGUGGCCGCACAGAUCUUGCACGAAUGCCAAAAAUCAAGUUACAACAUGGCAGUACAAUUUUCGAGCCAACGUGCUCCACUCUGGCAGGUCGCCGCCUAUGACAAGGACACCUCGAUGAUCGAUAUGAUGCUGAACCUCGCUAACCAAAUCAUUCAACUCUUGCCAGACGAUAAUAGACAGCUGACCAACCAGUGGAAAACCUUAGUAGAGCUCAAAGACUCGGAGGAAAUUCGCAUCCACGAUGCUGCUGCCAUACUCGCAGCUUCUCUUGAAACCACCCCACCAGAUCUGCACAUCAUCAUCGACGGGUUUCGUCUUCUCAGGGAAGCGCCCAAGGAGGUACUGUCGCAGUUUUUCGCAAUCAUCCGCAACGCUCUAUCGAAUUGUCCUACAGGCUUAAAGGUCAUUAUCAUUUCUGGAUCUAGGCUGCAUAAUGUCAUUCCCUUCUUCAAUCAAAGUGAGAUUUCGGUCGUUCACCACCAAGGGCAAAGAAAGAAGCCAUUGUCACCCAUUACAAGCGCUAGUCGAGGCAGAUAA